CUAUGACCGACCAUUACAGUAUUACCCAGUGCUUCCAACCUUUCUGAGUCACGUCUCAGUAGUUAGUUAGCUUUUAUUUUUAGCAGUAUGCCGAAGACGCAUCCUAUUCUUCACGGGUAGAUCACAUGCUCAACUGCUCGAAGAGGAGAGGCGAACAUUCUCUACUGAUUAUGAUACCACAAUCAAAGGAUCAUCUCACUCCCAGUAACUCGUGCCGGUUGCCUAUUGACGAACUCAGUGUGCGGGUAAUCCCUUCCAAUUUCACUUUUCUCUCCGUUUUCCUUUUCUUUACCUUAAAUAGUACCUAGAAGUCUCCCAUCUUCCUUUACUACAUACUUCAUCCGAGUACAGAAGCAUCCUUGACGAAGAAUUGGUUAAACAUCCGUUACAGACAAGCAUGGACAGCGUUAAGGUGAACGUUAACCUUCUACCGUUCGCAGACGUCCAAGAUUCCAUCACCAAAGCUAGGAACGAGUGGACAGAGACGAGAAACUUUAAUACGGCUCAUCAUACGACCGAUGAGAUAUUAGCAGUGGUUCCGGAAGAGAACGGUCUCCGUCACGUUAAACCGAGUAUCUACCCGACAAGGACUAGCCAUUGGCUCGGGUUGAUUGCUUCAACUCAAGGAAUGAGGACAUGGCAUGUUUUCGAGAUAUCGCGCUAUUUAGCAGAGGAACUCGCUUCGCUGUAUCUAACGUGGUGUUCGGGCAGACAUUUGGGCGAUGACACUCGUCAGGAAUUAAAGUCCUUGUUCCCUAAGACUACAACAGUCGGGGUUAAGGCAGAGGAUGUAUUUCAGGGGGAUAAAUGGUUCCUGCGUGUCGAUUACUGCAGCGCAAAGGACAGUGAAGCGGGUCAUUCUGUCGUGGAAAGUUUAGAUAACCUGAUUGAUCGCCUAUACACGUCUAUGCGGGCAAUCAGGGCUAUUACCGAUAUCCUCGAAGAGGACCCUCGCGAGAAGCCAAAGAUCUUUUUGAUACCUUUCAAUGCAGCCAUGGACUGCUCGAGAGAGUGCCGCGUUUUCUGCCCACCUCACAAGAACCGCGUUGCCGCGAUCUCUCAGUACCGUUGGACUGAGCCUUUCAUCUUUAGGGAUGCAGCUACUGCCCAGCAAGAAGCCCACGAGAUCUAUUCCGCAGCGUGCAUCCUGCAUUCACAGAUUCUCGAGCAUGCCGAAAGGACAGCUGACGCUGAGACGCGCAAGAGAAUACAGAACGAGGGCUUUACCUUCGAUAUUUUGAGGCCAACUUCGGGGGACAUCCAGUUAGUGGAGAUUAACCCCUUUGGCGCUAUGAGUGGAUGUGGAAGCUGUCUCUUCCAGUGGAUCCGAGACGCUAAACUACUUUAUGGGUUGAAGGAGCAAGUGGAACUGCGGUUCGCUGUUUAGGAGAGCAUCCUUUUGCUGGAAAAAGAAACGUGUUUUUAAGACCGUUUCGAGUUUACACUGCUUCCAUGCUCGAUCUUGCGAUGAUGAUUGAAGUGUGCUCCCGUACCAUAUCUCGAUCACUUGAUAUCCCCCCGGAUUGCUUGGGGUUUGUCGAAAGAAUGGGGCACAGCCACCACCAACCAACAGUUUUGAAAACCUUGGCCGCGUUGCUUCAGGGAUCACGCAGCAUC